AUGGCCGGAAUGCCUGUGAGCUGCCUCCUCGACGAGCGCGCCUCUUGGGACACGGUGAAGUACCCGGAGAACUUCUUCCUGCUCCGGGGCAACCACGAGUGCGCGUCCAUCAACCGGAUCUACGGCUUCUACGACGAGUGCAAGCGGCGCCACAGCGUCCGCCUGAAAACGUUCACGGACUGCUUCAACUGCCUUCCAGUGAGCGCCGUCUGCGACGACAAGAUCCUGUGCAUGCACGGCGGCCUGUCGCCAGAACUGAGCAGCCUUGACCAGAUCAAGCGCGUGGUCCGGCCGACCGACGUCCCGGACACGGGGCUCCUCUGUGACCUGCUCUGGUCGGACCCGGAGAAGGAGAUCAGCGGCUGGGGCGAGAACGACCGAGGCGUGUCCUUCACUUUCGGGCCGGACGUGGUCCAGGGCUUCCUGCGGAAGCACGGCCUCGACCUCGUGUGCCGGGCGCACCAGGUGGUCGAGGACGGCUACGAGUUCUUCGCGCGGCGGUCGCUCGUGACCCUGUUCAGCGCGCCGAACUACUGCGGGGAGUUCGACAACGCAGGCGCCAUCAUGACGGUGGACGAGGCCAUGUGUUGUGCCUUCCAGAUCCUCCGGCCGCUCAACAGGAUGGAACGGUGCCGGAUGAGGGAGGACCCCAGCGCGAGUUGGCACCCGCGGCGACCAGCCGCGCAGCUGGAGGAUCGAAACGGCGCCCGGCGGUCCCCCGCCGCGGGCAGCGCUGUGGAUGACCCCUCGGGGGCAUCUUCCCCAUAUACUGCGAAGGUAGGCCGAGGCAACCGUGCGCCCUGGAUGUCGUCAGCCUGUGAGGGGGGCCCCGUGUUUGUACGACAUAUCAUGCAUGCGCGCCGCUGGAAGCAGCCUCUCCCGCUGGGAGAGGCGCAUGCCAGCAGUGUCGGUCCCUCCCUGACGUGCCCCCUCAUUGCCCCUGCGCGGAGGCGCACGGGAAAGCGUGUUGCCCGUUCAGAUUGGCCGUCAGUGAUCGCCGAAGCGGCUACCACGGCGGCCAAAAUUUCAACUUGACAUGCUGGUCCUCCCUCCGCUGUCCCUCGCGGAACGCUUUCUCGCCAUCCUCACUCGAUCCCUCAGCCUCUGCACAAUCCUGUCCAGGCGGACCGCGCUGCGAAUUGCAUGCGAUUGCUGGGCCAAGAAAACGCGCCCUCUUCUCUUCGUGGUUGCCUCUCGGUGCUCCCCUCUGCCGCCUCCGCGGCCGGCCGCAGGCUCAGCGCGCGGGCGGCCGCGCGGACCGUGCCCCGCCUCCUCCGCUGCG